CAUGAAAAGCCUAAGCAUAGGCGGCGACAUCGAAAUGUUCCAGAAGGUGCAGUCAGAACUACUAGUACUUUAAGAGGCGGUGCACCAAACACAAGUAGUCAGAGAUCCUCUAACAGCCGAAUACCUCUGCAUAAUGAAGCAGCAUCAAGAAGACAUUCUGAUAACACAGAUAUCAAUAGAGUUCAAAUAGAGUAUCGCAGAUCACAUAGACGAACAGCAUCUGAUCAGCCACAUCCUAAUUCGCGUAGACAGCGGCAUAGCCACCAAGAAGUGACUGGAUGUAGCAAUAACAACAACAAUCUGCUUUCUGCCGGUGGAGCUAGGUACUAUCCUCCUGACAGAAGAAAUAAUAGCCGAAGUUCAAGCCAAGCUAGAGAGAUGCACUGCGAAAACAAAGAAACUGACAGGUUGAAUAUUGUUGCCCUCAGACAGGGUUCCUCAAGUAACAACAGACCAUGUUCACAUACCAUGAUGCAAGUAAGAUUAUCAAAUAGUCCAGUUUUAGAGUUGCGCAAAAUUCGCUUGCCAACUGAUUUUGAUGAAGAAGAAUUACCACCGUAUGAAGCU